AUGAAAUGUGUCAAAUGUCGACAUACAACUGUUUGUGUUUCACAUGGAAAAUACAAACUCAUUCAUAAGAAUUCUCUUAAAAAGCAAAUGUGGAUAAACGAAUUCGUAUUAACCAACUAUCGCCCGCCCAAGAUGACAAACCACAUGUGUUUCAAGAGUAUCUUCCAUUGGACCAAUGAAACAAUCAAUAUUUGGAGUCAUUUACUUGGAUUUUUCUAUUUCACAUUCUGUCAAUUGGACGCCAACAUCUUUCACAUUCCUACAAUAGGUGGCAGUAAAGAAGAUCAUUUAGUUUUUACCUUAUCCAUAUUUGGGUCACAGAUAUGUAUGCUACUAUCUGCUUGUUAUCAUACAUUCGGAUGUACAAGCUCCAGAAAACGUGAACAAUGGCUGAAAAUGGAUGUUUUUGGUAUUUCAGCUGGACUACUCGGAAUGUAUUUGGGUGGAAUUUACACAGCUUUUUAUUGUUUUCCGGACCAUUUAGAGAGUUAUUUAUAUUUUUUAUUGACCAUCUUCCUUAUAACAGCCUAUGUGCCAAGUCGUAAAGACUUCUUUGAAAAAAAAGUUGUCGGAAAUCGAAUAGGCUUUUUACAUAUCAUUUACACAACCAUUAUCGUAUUUGGAAUAUGUCCCACCAUUCAUUGGGUAUACUUACAUGGAGGCUUAGAUAACUUACAUGUACAGAGAUGGUUGCCCAGCAUCAUAAUUCUUUAUUCGUUAACUGCUGCUGCUUUCUUCUUCUAUGUUUCACUUGUACCAGAAAGAAUAUCUCCAGGAACAUUUGAUGUAGUAGGAUGCUCACAUCAGUGGUGGCAUUUACUCAUUCUGGCCGCAAUGGUCUGGUGGCAGAGAGCCGGACGUGAACUUUUGUCCUUUUAUAGAUCCCAUCAUAAUUCGUGUCAUAUAUCAACUGUUGGCGUGAAUUUGACAUCGGCCAUGUAG